AUGGGUAAAAAGUAUUGUUGCGUUCCACUGUGCCAUAAUACGUCUACUUCUGUCCAGCAAGACGGUUCAAAAGUCAUUCUCCAUAGAUUUCCCAUGUCCCAGAAAAAAGCGCAUAUCAGACGUCAAUGGAUAAGCAAAGUAAAAACUGUUAGGGCUAAUUUUAUUAUAAGCGAUAGUUCAAGAAUAUGCAGUGCUCAUUUUAAAACCCCUUUCACAGACGAAUCCAUUCCAACAAUUUUUCCAUCAAAACCAGUAAAAGAAAUUAAAGAAAGAAGACCACUGACACGGCACACUGAUUCUACUAGCAACAUUACUAAUUCAGAGACUAGUUCCAGUGACAGUACUUAUCCUGAUGAAAAAGGUACAUCAGUUGACUGUAAUGAAAAUGAACCUGUUAAAGAAAAUACCUCUGAACAAAACAUUUUACCUGAAACAACAAACACAGUACAUAAAAGUACCAGUACAAGUCCCUACAACAUCACAUUUGAUGUGGGAGUACAAGCAGGUCACUCUUUCUGCUCAACCAAUGAUGCUGCUGUUCCGUGUGAUUUGCCUCGAAUGGUUUAUGAAGACAUCAGGAACAGUGAUGAAAAAGUUCGCUUUUAUACAGGCUUCCCUACAUUCCAAGUUUUAUGGUUGUUCUUUUUAACCCUUCUAAAACAUGGUGCAGAGAAAUUAAACUACUGGGAAGGUGAAAGACGUUCAAUGAGUGACAAGCAAUAUCAUCAAGACGGCCAUCAGAAACCAGGGAAAAAAAGAUUUCUACGACCCAUAGAUGAAUUCCUACUAACAUGCAUGAGACUCCGACUCGGACUGAAUCAAGAACAUUUAGCAGACAUAUUUAGAAUUUCAAAAACUAGUGUAUCAAGAAUAUUCAAUACUUGGGUGAACUUUAUAUAUGAUCAUGCUAGAGGUUUAAUUGCAUGGCCUACAAGGGAACAGAUACUUGCUAAUUUACCAAGACACUUUAACGAUCACUCAGAUACUCGUCUAGUAGUCGACUGCACUGAAUUUUUUGUGGAAAGACCAUCAUCUCUCGUAGCUCAGUGGUUAACUUGGUCCGAGUAUAAGCAUCACAAUACAUUCAAAAUACUUAUAGGGGUAACACCAAAUGGGAUGGUAUCAUUUGUAUCUAGGUUAUGGGGAGGGAAUGCAUCUGAUAGGCACAUAGUUCAAAAUGAUGACUUAAUACCUAAAUUGUCCCCGGGUGACGUUAUUAUGGCAGACAAGGGUUUUACCAUAGAAGAUUUACUGCCUGCAGAUAUUGGUUUGAAUGUUCCUCCUCGGGUGUCAACUAAAAGUCAAAUGUCUUCAUCAGAGUUUUUUAAAACUGCACAUAUUGCCUCAGCUAGAAUAGUAGUAGAGAUGAAAAUGGAGCAAAUUAAGAAUUUUCAAAUUCUGAAUUCUGUAUUACCUCUCUCAGAAGCACAUCUGUCGGAACAAUUAAUUGUUAUAUGUGUGUCAUUAACCAACUUGUUACCACCUCUUCUACAGUAA